AUGAAUAAAAAUAUUAUUAAAUUUAAUUUAUUUUUCAUUUAUUUGUUUUCUAUUUUGUCAAGUAUAUGUGCAUUUAAAGAUGAUCAAAUAGUUGAUUUACCAGGGCUUGACUUUAAGCCUGCUUUUGAUCAUUUUUCAGGCUAUUUACAAGUAUCUCCACAGCAUAAACUUUUUUAUUGGUUUGUGGCAUCUAUGCGCAAUAAUACCGAUGACCCACUCCUUUUCUGGUUAAAUGGAGGGCCCGGAUGUUCCUCAAUUCUUGGACUUCUCUCUGAGCAUGGUCCUUAUUUAGCUUCAAAUGAUGGGAGAAGUUUAACGAAAAACCCUCACCCUUGGAAUCGUAUUGCGAAUGUAGUUUAUUUGGAAGGGCCUGCCGGAGUUGGGUUUUCUACUGCUGGUUCAGACCGUAAAUGGAAUGAUGAUACAGCUUCACAAGAAAAUUAUGAGGCAAUUAAACAAUUUUUGAUAAAAUUCCCUCAAUAUCGAAACAAUGAUCUUUACAUAACUGGAGAAUCUUAUGCCGGUAUUUAUUGUCCAACACUUGCCGAACGAAUAAUUGAUGGCCAAGAAGAUUACAAAUUAAAUUUUAAAGGAAUGGCUAUAGGCAAUGGAUAUAUCAAUAUCAGUUUGGAGGAAGAUACUCGCAUACGUUUUAAUUAUGCACAUGGGAUGCUUGAUGAACGCGAAUGGCAACAAGUCGCAUUAGAAGAUUGUAGAGGGAAUACAGAUACUUGUGAUCUCUCUAAUGUUGAUUUACCUUCAGGCUUUGGAUUUGGUCUAAAUCCUUAUGAUAUUUACCAAAAAUGCGAGUUGAGUGAUGAUGCUUCUGAAAUGCGUCAAUUAGAAUUAUUUAUUGCUAAUCGAAGAGCAGCUAAAUUCCCCCCUCGUUCUCCAGAAGAGGCUGGGGAAGAAUUACAGUUAUCUGAACUUGUUUGUGAAAAUGUCCGUGAGGCAUUACAUGUAGAAAGUGAAAAUCGUUGGCAUGUUUGUGGGUAAGUUGAAGUUCAUUUGAUGCCAUUUGCGGACACUCAUUAACAUGGAUUCUUGGGGUUGAUAGAUUUUUAACUAAAAUUAAGUAGUAUAUUAAUGG